CGAGAUUUCCCUCGAAGGCGAAGGUUUCCAUGCGCGGCGCCAGUUUUUACUGUGGAAGCGUGCUUUUCCGACUUGCCUGGAGAAGAAGAGGGAAGAGUGGCUGCUGCUGCUGCUGCCGCCGCCGCCAUGGAAACCGCGGUCGGGACCGAGGGACCCUUGGAGUUUGACUCAGGGUCAGACAUUCCAGAGGACAGCUUUUCAUCUGGAGAUGAAGAUCUGGAUGGGGAUGAUGAAGACGAGCCUGCAAUUCUGGACACUAAAGUUAAAAAUGCUGCAGAUUCCAAAGACAUGGAAAAUGCUGGCUGGGCUGAUGCCAUGGCUAAAGUGCUUAAUAAAAAUAUCCCCAAGAGUAAGUCCACUAUAUUGGUUAAGAACAAAAAACGGGACACAGAACGAGAAAAGGAAAAAGAAGAGAGGCUAGAGAGGAGGAAGCAGCUAGAUAAAAAGCGGGAGUGGGAAAUGAUGUGCAGAGUGAAGCCAGAUGUUACCAAAGACAGAGAAGUGGAGAGAAACCUUCAGAGAAUUGCCACGAGGGGAGUUGUGCAGUUAUUCAACGCUGUCCGGAAGUAUCAAAAAAAUGUUGAUGAGAAGAUGAAAGAAGCAGGGAGUUCUGACAGAAAACGGGCUAAAUUGAUCUCAUCAGUUUCAAAAAGAGACUUCAUUGAUGUACUGAGAGGAAUGGACGGAACAGAAAUGGAGCAAAAUAUUGCCAGGAACUCCUUAAAAAGCAAACAGGGUGAAUCUAAAUUGGAAGAAGGGCCAACAUGGAGUAUAUUGCGAGAUGACUUCAUGAUGGGCGCGUCAAUGAAAGACUGGGAUAAAGAGAGUGAUGAGGAGAAUGAUGCUGAACAAGAAGAUGGAAUUAAACAAGAGAGUGAAAGCGAUUCAGACCGAUAAAAUCCAAAGUGGUUCAAAAAUCCAUGUGUAUUAUUUGUUGCCUAUCAGUAGGGUUUUUGGUUCAAAUAAGAAUACCUGUAUAUACAAAAGCAAAUAUCACUUUAAAAAUGGAACAAAAUUGAAUCUAAUGGUCUCAAGAUAUGCUGUUUCUCCUCUCAAAUGUUUUGAGUCAAAGCAAUGGCGGCACCAACCUGAUUGGAAAGGGAGGGUUUUGCAAAAGGGACUGAAAAUUUAAAUACUGAUUUAACAUUGAUGGGCCACUGUGCUUUCCAUUGCACUUCAUUGUUUGUAACUUAGCUAAGUAUUUAUCAGUUCCCAAAAUAAAAUAAUGAAGUAUCUUU